UAUAGUAAAAGGCUAUCCAAGGGAAAGAAACGAAUGGUUGAGCUGUUUUGACGGGUGAGAAAUCCAUAGGAACAGGUUGUUCUCAACAGUUCCAUUUCCAAAUCCUAUGUUGCAAGUUGCAACCAUGAAGCAUGUUUUAGUUUAUAUAAUCCCAUGGCAGCAACAGAAGAAAGAGGUGGGUUAGGUUGUUUGGGACACAAGAAAGAAGAGAAUGAGUCUCAAUUGCCUCACCUGCAGCCAACUGCUUCAAAGGACAGACUCAUUUGGAGAGUUAUUUGCAGAAAAGGAAUACAAAGACAUAUGCAAACAGGUUCAAGUUGAUAGACGUUGGCCAGAGAACAUGGCAUCAUCACCGCCCAAACGUGACUUUCCCAAAAGUGCGGCUGUGACCAAGAUCAAGGCGGAGCACCGCCGCAACUAUAGCACCGGAGAUGUCCCUUAUUCGCCUGGCAGCCAAGGGCCAAAGUUGAAGCGCAGCAGUGGAAUGAGAAGAAACUGGAGUUUUGAGGAUCUGCCUGAGACUAAAGGGCAGAGACUAGGUUGCCACUGAGAUCAGAUUCUUUACUUUCAUGUGUUGUGUGUUGCAUUUGCUCCUUUUCUGCAUUGUGUAUACAAUAUACUUUCUUUGUGGGGAAUGUAAAGAUUCGACAAGGGGGUAGAGUGGGUUGUACAUUAUUUAAGUAUGGUGUUUCAAGCACAUUCUUGUAUGAGCCUUUUUUUGCACCAUAUUUGAUUCAUAUCCCCUGUAGUUUUUGUUUUUCAUUUUCUACUUUUAAGUCAUUCUAACUCUGUUAUUUCAUUCAAUUUAUAAUCAAUCCUUCUGCUGCCUGUUA